AUGCCUUCAGCUUUACUUUACAAUUCCACUUUGGAUGGUGUCCAAGUGGUUGGCGAAAUCUCAGGCAAGACAGAGAAUUCUCCAUCUUCCCCCAAAGAUAUUCUCACUAAGAGUGCUCUCAAAUUUGUAGUCUUCUUACACAGAGCCUUUAAUGAGCGCAGAAAAGUCUUAUUGGCCCAUCGUCAGGAAGUUCAGAAGGAAUUGGAUAACGGUGGUCAGUUGCAUUUUUUGAAAGAGACUGAAUACAUCAGAAACGAUCCCAACUGGAAGUGUCUUCCUGUUCACCCCAAAUUGCAGUGCAGAAAGGUGGAAAUCACCGGUCCACCGGAUGCGAAGAUGAUUGUCAAUGCUUUCAACACGGAUGUUCAGACUUACAUGACCGAUUUUGAGGACUCUUGUUCUCCAACUUGGCACAACAUGAUCUACGGCCAAGUCAACCUAUACGAUGCCAUCAGGGAUAAGAUUGACUUCACCAAUCCACAGACUGGUAAGAGAUAUAAGAUCAAGAGAGAUGGUCGAAGAGUUCCGGUCAUGAUUGUCAGACCAAGAGGUUGGCACAUGGUUGACAGACACAUCUUAGUGGAUGGUGAGCCUAUUUCUGCCUCGAUGUUGGACUUUGGCUUGUACUUUUUCCACAAUGCAAAGUAUCUUAUCGAGCAAGGUCUUGGUCCCUUCUACUAUUUGCCCAAGAUGGAGCAUUGGCAGGAGGCCAAACUCUGGGAUGAUAUUUUCAGCGUUUCUGAGGAUAGUCUAGAGAUUCUAAGAGGUACUAUCAAGGCCACAGUUUUGAUUGAGACCUUACCUAUUUCCUUCCAGCUCGAUGAAGUCUUGUAUGCUCUCAGAGAGCACUCUUCCGGUUUGAACUGUGGUCGUUGGGAUUAUAUGUUCUCCACUAUCAAGAGACUUCGUAAUCAGAAAGAACAUAUCUUGCCCGACAGAAACCAAGUCACUAUGACCGUUCCAUUCAUGACCAAUUACGUCAAGCAAUUGAUUAAAGUGUGCCAUAAGAGAGGUGUUCAUGCUAUGGGUGGUAUGGCAGCUUUUAUUCCAAGAAAGGACGAUCCUGCUAAGAAUAUCGAAGCUUUGGAAGCUGUCAGAAAUGAUAAGCUCAGAGAAGUUUUGGCUGGCCAUGACGGAACUUGGAUCGCCCACCCCGGUUUAUUGGCCACUGCAAGAUCUGUUUUUGAGGAGCAUAUGCCCACACCAAACCAGGUGUUCAAGCAGAAGCCCGAUACUGCGGUCACUGAAUCCGAUUUGGUCGAUACCAACAUCCAAGGUGGUCACAUUACAAGAAAAGGUGUUGAGGCUAACAUAUACAUUGGUUUGAACUAUAUGGAGUCUUGGUUGAGAGGCUUUGGUUGUGUUCCUAUCAACCAUAUGAUGGAAGAUGCUGCAACUGCUGAGGUUUCUCGGUUGCAGUUAUUUUCGUGGUCUCACCAAAAGGUUACUUUACAGGACACCAAAGAGACUUGUACUCCAGAAUUUGUUAUUAAGAUGAUCAACGAGGAGGCUUCGAAGUUGGCUACCAAGGAUGGUAACAAAUUUGCUGAAGCUUCCAAAGCGUUGACAGAUGAAAUCAGUGACAAGAAACCCGUGGCCGAGUUUUUGACUGAUAUUUUGUACCCACAAAUCGUCACGGUUGGCCAGCCUGUUGAUCUUAGUUUUCUUAAGGCAUCAGAACAACAGAUUUGCCAACUCAAACUUUAA